GCUGCCAGUCUUUGUUUUCCUGGGUGUUCCCUAGUGAGCUCACUUCCCCUUAGGCACUUCACCAUAGGCACUUUAAUUCCGCCAGUCUGGUUGUGUCUUCACAGUAAUUGCACUCCAAUUAGAAUCGCACAGGUGUUGACAAUACUCUGUCAUUAGUUUCCCUAUAUAGAGCUGUCUUUCUCUGUUGUCAUCAUGGAGUCCUUACCCUAUGGGUCUCAUGCUCUCGUUCCCCCGAGACUUCCUCUACCUUCUCAUUCUUCCGAGUUCCCCGUUUCAUCCGGUUCCCUCUUUUGGUUACGUUUGUCUCUCAUGACUGUUUAUUUUUGUAGUUACCCCUCUGUUUAAAUAAAAGCCCUUACCUGCAUUUGGAUCUACCCUCUCUUUGUGUUUUCCCAAACCCAACCGUGACAGAAGGACUCCAUCAUGCCUAGAUCCAGCGGUGUGAGAUUUCGAAUCGGUUCCCCAGCCACCAUGGAGGAACGGAGGGGGAGAUUCCGGAACUUAACCACCCUUCAUCAAGAGGGAAGGGAGGUGGGUGGCCUGGCGCAAUUGUUUUGGACUUUGGCAGUCGGGUUAGGUUACAAUGAUGCAGCACUAAAGGAUUGGUUUAAUAAUUGCCUGGAUGAUCCUUUACCUCAAUGGGAGAUGAAGGGGUUAGAGAUCCUGGACUUUUGGGGGUUUACCAAUUACCUGCACCAUCGUGCUCAGUGGAAUGCAACAACCACACCAGAGUUUCCAGACAAGGCUGCCAGCUCAGCCCCACAACCCAAGAUGGCCACCAGCCCAGCCCCACAGCCCAAGAUGGCCGCCAGCCUAGCGCCACAGCUCAAGAUGGCCGCCAGCCCAGCACCACAGCACAAGAUGGCCGACUCAACGCCACCGACUCUCCAUCGUAGAGGGCGGAGGAGGAGACAGGCAGCUACUGUUCCUCAGGACCCGGAGAAUGUUCCCGAGGCGGUGCCCGAUGCUGUUCCCGAGGCGGUGCCCGAUGCAGUUCCCGAGGCGGUGCCCGAUGCUGUUCCCGAGGCGGUGCCCGAUGCAGUUCCCGAGGCGGUGCCCGAUGCAGUUCCCGAGGCGGUGCCCGAUGCAGUUCCCGAGGCGGUGCCCGAUGCUGUUCCCGAGGCGGUGGCCGAUGCUGUUCCCGAGGCGGUGGCCGAUGCUGUUCCCGAGGCGGUGCCCGAUGCAGUUCCCGAGGCGGUGCCCGAUGCGGUUCCCGAGGCGGUGCCCGAUGCGGUUCCCGAGGCGGUGCCCGAGGCUGUUCCCGAGGCGGUGCCCGAUGCUGUUCCCGAGGCGGUGCUCGAUGCAGUUCCCGAUGCUGUUCCCGAGGCGGUGCCCGAUGCUGUUCCCGAGGCGGUGCCCGAUGCUGUUCCCGAGGCGGUGCCCGAUGCUGUUCCCGAGGCGGUGCCCGAUGCUGUUCCCGAGGCGGUGCCCGAUGCUGGUCCCGAGGCGGUGCCCGAUGCAGUUCCCGAGGCGGUGCCCGAUGCGGUUCCCGAGGCGGUGCCCGAGGCGGUGCCCGAGGCUGUUCCCGAGGCGGUGCCCGAUGCUGUUCCCGAGGCGGUGCCCGAUGCUGUUCCCGAGGCGGUGCUCGAUGCAGUUCCCGAUGCUGUUCCCGAGGCGGUGCCCGAUGCUGUUCCCGAGGCGGUGCCCGAUGCUGUUCCCGAGGCGGUGCCCGAUGCUGUUCCCGAGGCGGUGCCCGAUGCUGGUCCCGAGGCGGUGCCCGAUGCAGUUCCCGAGGCGGUGCCCGAUGCUGUUCCCGAGGCGGUGCCCGAUGCGGUUCCCGAGGCGGUGCCCGAUGCUGUUCCCGAGGCGGUGCCCGAUGCUGUUCCCGAGGCGGUGCCCGAUGCUGUUCCCGAGGCGGUGCCCGAUGCUGUUCCCGAGGCGGUGCCCGAUGCGGUUCCCGAGGCGGUGCCCGAGGCGGUUCCCGAGGCGGUGCCCGAUGCUGUUCCCGAGGCGGUGCCCGAUGCUGUUCCCGAGGCGGUGCCCGAUGCUGUUCCCGAGGCGGUGCCCGAUGCGGUUCCCGAGGCGGUGCCCGAUGCUGGUCCCGAGGCGGUGCCCGAUGCAGUUCCCGAGGCGGUGCUCGAUGCUGUUCCCGAGGCGGUGCCCGAUGCUGUUCCCGAGGCGGUGCCCGAUGCUGUUCCCGAGGCGGUGCCCGAUGCAGUUCCCGAGGCGGUGCCCGAUGCAGUUCCCGAGGCGGUGCUCGAUGUUGUUCCCGAGGCGGUGCUCGAUGUUGUUCCCGAUGCGGUUCCCGAGGCGGUGCCCGAUGCGGUUCCCGAGGCGGUGCUCGAUGCGGUUCCCGAGGCGGUGCCCGAUGCGGUUCCCGAGGCGGUGCCCGAUGCGGUUCCCGAGGCGGUGCCCGAUGCUGUUCCCGAGGCGGUGCCCGAUACAGUUCCCGAGGCGGUGCCCGAGGCUGUUCCAGAGGCGGUGCCCGAUGCUGUUCCCGAGGCGGUGCCCGAUACAGUUCCCGAGGCGGUGCCCGAGGCUGUUCCAGAGGCAGUGCCUGAUACAGUUCCCGAGGCGGUGACCACAAGGCCGUGGUGGUCUUCUACUCCGCCCUGGGGGACUCUGGCGGUGACCACGAGGACGUGGUGGUCGUCCGCUCCACCCUGGGGGACUCGGGCGGUGACCACGAGGACGUGGUGGUCGUCCGCUCCGCUCUGGGGGACUCCGGCGGUGACCAUGAGGACGUGGUGGUCUUCUGCUCCGCCCUGGUGGACUCCGGCCUCGACCACAAAGACGUGGUGGUCUUCCGCUCCGCCCUGGAGGGCUUUGACUUUGACCACAAGGCCGUGGUGGUCUUCCGCUCCGCCCUGGUGGACUCCGGCCUCGACCACAAAGAUGUGGUGGUCAUCUGCUCCGUCCUGGUGGACGCCUCAACAUGCCCUUCAUGGACUUAUGUUUUGUGUUUUUUGAGUUCUGUUUCUGUCUGUUCCUUUUAGUUUAGUCUGGCCCUCCUUCCCUCCCCCUGAGCCUCCACCUGUCCGCCUCCCUCCUGGACUCCUUGUUUUGUGUUGCACCUUUCCAUUCCUCCUGGUUGCUCCUGUCCCUGUUUUCUGUCCCUCCGUCCCUCCCCCUGGUCCGCCGCCGUUCCACCUCCCUCCUGCCUCUUUUUCUGUUGGGGUUUUCCUGGGUUUAGGUGGAGCAUCUGGUAGCUGCUCCGUAGGGAGGGGGUAAUGUCACGCUGCCAGUCUUUGUUUUCCUGGGUGUUCCCUAGUGAGCUCACUUCCCCUUAGGCACUUCACCAUAGGCACUUUAAUUCCGCCAGUCUGGUUGUGUCUUCACAGUAAUUGCACUCCAAUUAGAAUCGCACAGGUGUUGACAAUACUCUGUCAUUAGUUUCCCUAUAUAGAGCUGUCUUUCUCUGUUGUCAUCAUGGAGUCCUUACCCUAUGGGUCUCAUGCUCUCGUUCCCCCGAGACUUCCUCUACCUUCUCAUUCUUCCGAGUUCCCCGUUUCAUCCGGUUCCCUCUUUUGGUUACGUUUGUCUCUCAUGACUGUUUAUUUUUGUAGUUACCCCUCUGUUUAAAUAAAAGCCCUUACCUGCAUUUGGAUCUACCCUCUCUUUGUGUUUUCCCAAACCCAACCGUGACAAUAGGUCUUGAAAACCUUUUGUAAAGUGUUUUUUUUUAAAGUAAAACACAAUACUGUCAAUUACAUUCAGAACACUGGAAACACUGACUAUUAGAAAACAUCUCUCUGUUGCUUCAGAGGCC